CGGGCGGAAGGGGCGGGAGCCGCGCAUGACGGCCUGAGGGGAGCCGGGCGGGGAGCGGGGCACCUGUGACAUUCCAGAUUUAGAUGUCUCAAUGGAUAUGUGGAGCUACUUCCAUACUUGCCUGGUGUCCAUAUGGCUGCACAGAUUUUACAUCUAUUCUGCUGUUGCUUUUGGGAUCAGCCUUUGGAUUGUCAUUCAGUUCAUCACCACCAGAGCCAAAAGGAAGGGUGAGCAAUCCCAUGGAAGUCCCUCUUCCCCUGAGGGAACAUCAGACAAACUGGGAAAUGGAUGUGCCCCCUGUCAGGCACAGGGGAUCCAUGUUGCUGGAGUGAAGAUCUUCUACGGCUCUCAGACUGGCACAGCAAAGAGAUUUGCCAAAGCUCUGGCUGAAGCUGUUACUUCCCUUAAUUUGCCUGUGGAUGUCAUUAACAUGGAAGACUAUGAUCCAGAAGAUGGUUUAGUAGAGGAGACAAGCAGCAGGAACAUCUGUGUGUUCCUGGUGGCCACCUACACCGAGGGGCAGCCCCCAGAGAGUGCAGUCUGGUUCUGCAGGUGGCUGGAAGAGGCAGCCAAUGAUUUCCGUGUUGGGAAGAGCUUCCUGCAGGGCCUGAGAUAUGCCGUGUUCGGGCUGGGGAACUCGGCCUAUGUGGACCACUACAACACAGUUGGAAGGAGGAUGGACAGGUGGCUGUGGAUGCUCAGUGCCAGCAGGAUCAUGGCUCGGGCUGAGGGGGACUGCAAUGUGGCCCAGAGCAAGCAUGGCAGCAUUGAAGCUGACUUUGAGGCCUGGAAAGACAAAUUCCUCACUCGGCUCCAGGCACUCUGCAGAGGGGAAAAGAAGCCCUGCAGGGGGAAGUGCAAGAAGGGGAAGUGCAAAUCUUCAGGGAAGCAGAGCAAGGAAAGCUUGGACCGUGAACAUGGGACAUCAGAACAGGACAAUACUGAGGCAGAGGAAUUGUUUGAAACCAGUAGUGAGGAGGAAGCUGGAAGCACAGAUUCUGUCAUUGAUGUUGAAGAUCUUGGCAAUAUCAUGGGCCACAUGAAGAAAGCAAAGAGAGAGCAGGAGCUGCAGGAGGGAGCUGCUGGAGCUGAGAGGAGAGAGAUGAUCACCCCAGCCCUGAGGAAAGCACUCAGUAAACAAGGUUAUAAACUCAUUGGGAGCCACUCUGGGGUGAAGCUCUGCCGAUGGACAAAGUCCAUGCUGCGGGGCCGUGGGGGCUGCUACAAGCACACCUUCUAUGGCAUCGAGAGCCACCGCUGCAUGGAGGCCACCCCCAGCCUGGCCUGUGCCAACAAGUGUGUCUUCUGCUGGAGACACCACACGAACCCCGUGGGCACCGAGUGGCUCUGGAGGAUGGACCAGCCUGAGGAGAUCCUGCAGGAGGCCCUCGAGAAGCACCAGAACAUGAUCAGGCAGUUCAAAGGUGUGUCAGGGGUGAAGGCAGCUCGGCUGGAGGAAGCUCUGGCAGUGAAGCACUGUGCCCUGUCCCUGGUGGGGGAGCCCAUCAUGUACCCCCACAUCAACCACUUGGUGAGGCUCCUGCACCAGCAGGGCAUCUCCACCUUCCUGGUCACCAACGCCCAGUUCCCCGAGGAGAUCAGGAGGCUGGAGCCUGUCACCCAGCUCUAUGUCAGUGUGGAUGCCAGCACCAAGGAGAGCCUGAGGAGGAUUGACAGACCCCUCUUCAAGGACUUCUGGCAAAGGUUUCUAGACAGCCUAAAGGCCUUAGCUGAAAAGCAACAACGCACUGUUUAUAGGCUGACCCUGGUGAAAGCUUGGAACGUGGAUGAACUCAAAGCUUAUGCUGACCUGAUAUCCCUUGGGAAACCAGACUUCAUUGAGGUCAAGGGUGUGACCUACUGUGGGGAGAGCUCUGCCAGCAACCUGACCAUGGCCAAUGUGCCGUGGCACGGGGAGGUGCUGAGCUUCGUGCAGGAGCUGGCGCGGCUGCUCCCGGACUACAGCAUUGCCUGCGAGCACGAGCACUCCAACUGCCUGCUGCUGGCCCACAGCAAGACUGAGAUCCCAAACUUGAACCCAGGGAGGAGCAGUUCAGGAGGAAUGUUGGCAGGAGUCACCUACUCCACAUCUCUAACAGGUUUCCAGCUCACGCUGGCUGCUUUCUUUGAGUAUUAGUGCUGAAAUCACUUUAACUAUGAGUAGUGCUGAAUGAACUGAGAAGUGUUUGUAGCAGAAUCAGUGCGAGACAGAAAAUGAGUGUUCACAUUGUUUAGAGAUUCAAUAUUAUUUCUUAUCAAUAGGAUUCAGAAUUUUCUUGGCUGUUUGCAGAUUUCACUCCUCCUUUGAUAACACAGUGUGAGGUUUUGAUGUUUCUUAUCUCCCAUCUAAAGCCUUCAAAGUGCAGGCAGCGAGGCCCUGGGCUGUGCUGGCUUUGUGCUCCUUGUGUUCUGUCUUCCCUGAGCCUGGAAAUCCCAAACCUCCUGCACGGGGCAGUGGCAGCUCUUCCCUCCCUGGGAAGGUGGGAGGGUGCAGGGGAAGGUCUGGCUCCAGGGCUGCCUUGGGCCCUGCAGGGUUUUGUGACCUGGACAAGCCCUGGAGUGACCCCACUGAGUGAGGAGCUUGGGCUGGAGGCCUCCAGAGGUGCCUUCCAUCCUAUGAUAUCCAGGGGUUGUUCCAUGUAAGAGCUGAGCUUUGCCCUGGGCCAUCCCAAAUGGUUCCCAGCCAUGCACUGGGGGAUUUUGCUCCCUGUCCCAUAAGGGAGCCCCGAGUCCCUCCUGAAGCCAAGGCAGACCUGCUCUGCUCUGUGCACCCCAAGGCCACCACAGCAGGACCCUUUUCCCCCUUCCUGUGGUUUUAGGGUGGUUUUGGGGAUAUCUGUUUUUUUCCUUCAAGGUCUUUAAGGUUUUAUCCAAACUCCAGCUUCCCCCAAGGUCCUCUGUGCCCAAUCAGCAAAUAUCACCUGAUUUUGUGGGGAUGAAGUCAUUAUGUCUCCCUCAGCAAAAACCUGCUUCUCCUUUUUCCUGGAGGGAGGAGAGGCCUUCCCUCAGGAUUAUGGGAUUAAGCAGAGCAUUAAAAGAGAGAUCUUGCUUUGUUGCUUAAAGAGCUUAAUCUGAAAUCCCCUCCACAGUGAGUGGAGCUUUGCAAAUGCUGAGUAAGGGAUUGGAGCUGAUCCCUGCCCUCCAGGCCUGGAGCUUCAGGUGAGAUCAGCCCACUCUGGAGCACUCCUGGUGUCCUCCUUUUCUCCUUGGAUGUGCUUUGGGCACAGCUGGAUGGGCCCCUCCUCCCAGAUCCCAGCCUUGGGUGGAAGUCACAGCCCUGCCCUGGGACGAGCCCAAACAUCCCUGAUCCCUGGGAUUUGCCAUUGGAUGUGGCUGAGCUGCCUGGAAGGCACCUCCCCUGUGCCUCACCCCACCUGGAGAAGUUCCAGCAGUCCCAGGAGCUCUCCAGGAGUGCUUUGGAUGGAGCUGCCCAAGGCCAGAUCCCACCCCACCGACAGCUUUCCCUGCUCCUGCCCUUCCACAGCCCCUGGGGGACAGCAGCCAAACAUCCAACAACCCAAGAGGAAGGUGGAACUGUGCAUACCUGCUAUAUUUUUAUAUAUAUAUAUAAUUUAUUUAUAUUUCUAUAUUAUUUAUAUUUAUUUUUAUUUUAAUUUAUAUUUGUUAUAGUGUCGUGGUUUGAGAGGAAGCCAGUUUUUUUGGGAUGCUGUGGUCAAACCAAUAGGUGCUCACAUUUGAAUAUUGGCACCUGGUGUGGCCAGUGAGGACAUGGAUACGCCUCUGAGAACACAGGAGGGUUAAAAGCAGAGAACGCGCAGGGGGAAGCUCUCUUGGGUUCUGUCCGUGAAAGAGAACACACCUGCCCUGCCCGACUCCGAGCUGGGCAGGGGAGGGGAAGCCACGAGGCCUGAGUGAGGUAGGCCAGGCCUGGGACAGAGAAGGGAGGUGAAGGCCCCUGCAAGAUCGAAGGGUGGAGGAGCACUGAGAGGCAUAGGGCAGCCUCCCCCAGGAGAGAGAGAGAGAGAGAGAGAGAGCGCUGGUGUCAGUGCCUGUGCCACCUUGAAAUUUGAUAGCACGGCCAGCAUGAAGGAGAAGGGGAGUGCUGUGAGAAGGUGUCUGGCUGGGCAGCCGUGGGAGUUCUGGACAGGCAGAGCCUGAGAUUUUUAACCCUUUUCUUAGAUACUAGAAACCUUACAAAUGCUGAUUCCUUCUGGAGUUGAACGAGAAGAGAGAUGGAGAUGAGAUAAGAGGAAAUGGGCCAUGAGAGAAGUUGAAAAGAAUCUUAGGUGAAAGGAAGUGAUGGAGUGGCCUUUGGCUGGACUUUUCUUCUAUAGCCAUGGACAGAACCAUUUUUUUCCUGUGACACAGAGACUGCAUUUAGAGGGAGGCAAUGGCUUAGAGCCAAGAGAGUGCAGUGAUGUGAUGUGAAGGAGUGUGUGAACAGAGAUGGCGGGUGAGGAGGGUGGUGGUGGUGCCCUUCGUCUUCAGGGAAGAAGAAGAAGAUGAUCUCUGUUCUCGAGACCCCUCAGCCCCGGGGGGUGAAAUUUAGGAGAGACAGGUGUCCCAAAAGUGAAAGACUGUGCUCUUUUUAGAACUGGGCAAAACACCCUUUAAAAAAGAAAACCCUAGAAGCAGCUCUGGUCCAUGAGCAGUGGUGAGAGCACUGGGCAUAGAAAGAAGAUGUCACAAUGGCAAAAGGAUCUCCGGGCAGUGCCACGUGUGACAUGGAAAUGCAAGAGGUUCCAACUGUGAUUCCAGGGGAAGCCCAUAGUGCAAGAGGGACCCCUCUCUCCUUGCUAACCUGAGAAUUGAUAUUCUGAAGAGUUAUGCUAGACUGAGAGUAGGUGAUCUGAGGGGUGGAUGUAUUGAAAAUUUAGUGGGGAGAAGAGGAAUGUUUUUAGAAAGUUUUUUAAAUAAAAGAGCAGGAGAUCUUUCUCCUUUUAAUGCCUUUAGUAGAAGUGAUCAGCUGGAGGUUGGGAUCCUGAUGGGUAUGUGCUCCCACCAUUAUUAUCCUCAGGAGGAAUUUGGAAUAGGUCAAGGAAAAUGCAGCUUUAUCCAAUGUAGAGCCGAAGAUCCUCUCCUCAUGAGAGCAGGAGGGGGUAUAAACGCUUGGGUCCCAGUACAGAGUUUUCCAUCUAGGGUACUGACCCCAGCUGAGGUCUUCGUAGUUAGGGCGAGGGACAACUAAGGUUUUUCAGCAUCUCUGCUGGCUUCGGACCUCAGCCCUGAUGUCCAGACACUACUUUGAUCUCUAAAUUCCAUAUUGGCUCGCUGGUUUAGGGGUUUAUUAGCUGCAUUCGGUGGGGAGUUUGCCCCAUUGCAUCUUGGCUCUAAACUUAUUUGCAUAUCAACUCCUGGUCCCCUCCCGUCCACCGUCUGGGGUGGGAGGAUGCCAUCCUCCCACCUGGCCGCGAGCAGGGUGAUGCUGAUACAAUAGAGUGAAUUCUUAACAAUAGAUGGCUAACGACUGAUACUUAACAGGUCAUUACAGCAUACAAAGCACUCCCCUCUGCCAGAACUGGUUAAAUUUGUAAUUCUAAAACCUUUGGGAAAAAAAUGGGUAACCCUUUUUUUGUUCAUAACACUUUUCAUCCUGAAUUCUGUGUGUUUCUUUUAUAGUUGUAGGUUAAUAAAGUUUUUUCCUUUCUAUUCCUAA